AUGAUUAGUCGCCAUGUUAAUCUCAGAAAUCUUAAUGCGGGCGAUGAUUUGCUGGAGGGAUGGAACUUCCUCGACAAGCGGGUGAUUCCUGAGUUUGGAAAGCCGGUCGAAGUCAAGCAUCCCGAUUACAAAAUUCUUAUCGACCGUCACCACGAGAUUUUCAAUGCCUUCUCGGCGGCCACCCACAACGGAAACCAGUUGGGAUAG